GGGGCGAGGGUUAACCCACCCCUCCCCCGUCCACCUGCUUUCCCCUUCCCCCGCGUGCCCCGGGCUGACCCUCGUUCCCUCCUCUCCCCACCCCCGGCGGCGGCGGCUGCUGCUGUUGUCACCCACCGGGCCGCCUGUCCCGCUUGCCCUCCCCGCCGCGGGGCUUGCCGGGCCGGCCGGGCCGGGACAGGCGGCCGUCUCCUCUCUGCCACCGCCGCCGCCAUGCUGGCUGCUCGCCCACCCCACUGGGGGCCCCACCGCGCCCCAGCCCCCCGUGGGCCCCGCGCCAGCCCUGACCCGGGUCUCAGCGGCGGUGGCAGCCGAGGUGCAGGAUGCGAGAAGGCGCCCCCCGGCCGGGCUCCCGCUCCAGGCCUCGCUCCCCUGCGGCCCUCUGAGCCCACCAUGGCCGUCCCACCAGGCCAUGGUCCCUUCUCUGGCUUCCCAGGGCCCCAGGAGCACACGCAGGUAUUGCCUGAUGUGCGGCUGUUGCCACGGAGGCUGCCCUUGGCCUUUCGGGAUGCGACCUCAGCCCCGCUGCGCAAGCUGUCCGUGGACCUCAUCAAGACCUACAAGCACAUCAAUGAGGUAUACUAUGCGAAGAAGAAGCGGCGGGCCCAGCAGGCACCACCUCAGGACUCGAGCACCAAGAAGGAGAAAAAGGUCCUGAACCAUGGUUAUGACGAUGACAACCACGACUACAUUGUGCGCAGUGGCGAGCGCUGGCUGGAGCGCUACGAGAUUGACUCACUCAUUGGCAAAGGCUCCUUUGGCCAGGUGGUGAAAGCCUAUGAUCAUCAGACCCAGGAGCUGGUGGCCAUCAAGAUCAUCAAGAACAAAAAGGCCUUCCUGAACCAGGCCCAGAUUGAGCUGCGGCUGCUAGAGCUGAUGAACCAGCACGACACAGAGAUGAAGUACUACAUAGUGCACCUGAAGCGGCACUUCAUGUUUCGGAACCACCUGUGCCUGGUGUUCGAGCUGCUUUCCUACAACCUGUACGACCUCCUGCGCAACACGCACUUCCGCGGAGUCUCGUUGAACCUGACGCGGAAGCUGGCGCAGCAGCUCUGCACAGCGCUGCUCUUCCUGGCCACGCCUGAGCUCAGCAUCAUUCACUGCGACCUCAAGCCCGAGAACAUCCUGCUCUGCAAUCCCAAGCGUAGCGCCAUCAAGAUCGUGGACUUCGGCAGCUCCUGCCAGCUUGGCCAGCGGAUCUACCAGUACAUCCAGAGCCGCUUCUAUCGGUCGCCUGAGGUGCUUCUGGGCACACCCUACGACCUGGCCAUUGAUAUGUGGUCCCUGGGCUGCAUCCUGGUGGAGAUGCACACUGGAGAGCCCCUCUUCAGUGGCUCCAAUGAGGUGGACCAGAUGAACCGGAUUGUGGAGGUGCUGGGCAUCCCACCAGCCCCCAUGCUGGACCAGGCACCCAAGGCUCGCAAGUACUUUGAACGGCUGCCUGGGGGUGGCUGGACCCUACGAAGGACAAAGGAACUCAGGAAGGAUUACCAGGGCCCCGGGACACGGCGGCUGCAGGAGGUGCUGGGCGUGCAGACGGGCGGGCCCGGGGGCCGGCGGGCGGGGGAGCCGGGCCACAGCCCCGCCGACUACCUCCGCUUCCAGGACCUGGUGCUGCGCAUGCUGGAGUAUGAGCCCGCCGCCCGCAUCAGCCCACUGGGGGCUCUGCAGCACGGCUUCUUCCGCCGCACGGCUGAUGAGGCCACCAACACGGGCCCGGCAGGCAGCAGUGCCUCCACCUCGCCCGCACCCCUUGAUACCUGCCCCUCCUCCAGCACCGCCAGCUCCAUCUCCAGCUCUGGAGGCUCCAGCGGCUCCUCCAGUGACAACCGGACCUACCGAUACAGCAACCGAUAUUGUGGGGGCCCCGGGCCCCCCAUCACUGACUGUGAGAUGAACAGCCCCCAGGUCCCACCCUCCCAGCCGCUGCGCCCCUGGGCAGGGGGUGAUGUGCCCCACAAGACACAUCAGGCCCCUGCCUCCGCCUCGUCACUGCCAGGGGCCGGGGCCCAGUUACCCCCUCAACCCCGAUGCCUUGGCCGUCCCCCAUCACCAACCUCACCACCACCCCCGGAGCUGAUGGAUGUGAGCCUGGUGGGCGGCCCUCCGGACUGCUCCCCACCUCACCCGGCGCCUGCCCCCCAGCACCCGGCUGCCUCAGCCCUCCGGACUCGGAUGACAGGAGGUCGUCCACCCCUCCCACCCCCUGAUGACCCUGCCACUCUGGGGCCUCGCUUGGGCCUCCGUGGUGUACCCCAGAGCACGGCAGCCAGCUCAUGACCCAGCCCCCUCCCUGGGGCCCCUCCUGAAGCCAUACCCCCCAUCUGGGGGCCCUGGGCUCCCAUCCUCAUCUCUCCCCUUGACUGGAAUUGCUGCUACCCAGCUGGGGUGGGUGAGGCCUGCACUGAUUGGGGCCUGGGGCAGGGGGUCAAGGAGAGGGGUUUAGGCGCACCCUCCUCACUAAGGACUGGACCCUUGGCCCCCUCUCCCCCCCCCCCCCCUUGUUUUCUAUUUAUUGUACCAAAGACAGUGGUGGUCCGGUGUCGGGGGGAGACCCCCUUCACCCUAGGGCCCUAGGAGGGGGUGGGGGCAGGUAGGGGGAGAUGGCCUUGCUCCUCCUUGCUGUACCCCCCAGUAAAGAGCUUUCUCACA